AUGACGUCGGAAAUCAGCGUGGAACAACUGGAGAUAUCUAAAAAUCUUUUACAAAUGAACUUUAUGCGACGCACCCUUCUGGCUAAGGAGCGUGCUGCGGGUGUUAGCGCACAGGAACCACUACUUCCGUCCGUGGAAUCCGAAUUCUUCAUGCCUGAAAGCGCUAUGACGAGGCUUUCACAAAGACUGGAGGCUCUAUCUAAAAAGUAAGGCUAUCGUUCUAACUUUUUCACUGUCAAAUUUUUUUCUUCUUUCCAUUAUGCUUUCCAUGCAUAUUAUGUCCUGAUUCAAGGUGGUCAACCAAUCAGGCAUUUAAACUAGGCACUUUGGCAAGAUAAUAACACUAUUCACUGGUAGUCGUGCGCUCUUUGCGCAUGCAGCAUCUGGUGAGUGUUGCGCGGAGUUACUGAAAUCACUUCCCAAAGACAAUAGUUUUAUCUUGCUACAUGCAAAUUAGGUUGUGGAAUCGCUGACUAGCACUCGCUUACUGCACUCCGAAUUGCUAAUCUCCCCCUCAUCAGGUGGAGCCUCGAUUCUCUAGAACCUAGAAGCUACAAAAUUACCAGGAGAAGUCCUAUUUCAAGCGAUGCCCCACUGCUUACGUCUGUCAUAUUCGGAUUUUGACGUUCCUACACUUUGUUCUUGAAAUCGGAUUAAAGUCGAAGCACAGGUGACUUUGAACUCCGUGGGCAACCAUUUGCUGCCCAAAUGACCUAUGCACAAUCUGUCUUCUAGUCAAGGAUCAGCGUUGAGAGAAUUUUAGUGAAACAAGUGUUUCGUAAGACUAACACGGAAUUAAAAUACACGGGCUUAGGAAGUCCUUGACGGUUUCGGUAAUUAAACCUCCAGAGUGCGCACUUAGGAAGCCUUCACCUGACCACCACCGAUCCUAAUUACAAAAAUAUGCCGACUGCUCAUGCAGCCAGUCAGCUUCUAAGUGGAGUUAGUGUUAGCAUACAUAGUCUGUACAGCAUACAUACAACUCGGCAGAUCGUGGAUGUGUUUAUAACCACACUGACUUUUAACUGAUUUCCACGUCAUCCCAGGGUAUCCUUUGGCGUUUCCACCAGAUCACGACAAGGUGGGCCACGGCCCCGGGUGUGCGUGUAUAAGAGAGACCAGUGAAGAAGGUAGUCCCGGUGACUGAGAGCGAGACAAGGAUGCGACUUUUAAAGUAUCUUCUGCGGACGUUCGUAUCACAAUAUGCGGAGUCUGGUCCGAUUCGAGGGAGGGCAAGCACAUGCGCGAUACUGGAAGACCUGCAGAGUACCAACAGCUAUUUUCUUGAACCUUAUCGUCCGCCAUCAUCGUUUAGUCUUGCCGCUAAAACCUGGCAGAUAUGAGAAGAAAUCGCGAGGUUGGUGCUCUGCAAGUCAUGCUAAUUACAGUUAAAUGCAUGAGGAAAACAACUUCACUGGCAGUCGUGCUUUUUGUUGGCCAAGGCGUAGUACGAACUGCCUGAUGGCCUUUUGCCGUUAUUUUGUUUCUAGUUCCUCCAUUUAACUGUUUUCUAAUCUGUGCUCAAUACUUAGGUGCGUAGUUUUGACCCCAUGCUCGGGGCGGGUGACAACUUCAAUUCUGACCGCUCUGUCAGCUCACUAAUACUCCGAACCCCUCUCAGUUGCAUCACGCAGCGGCACGAUAUCGGCGCAGUGCGCAGUGACGAUUCGUGUGAAUUGAGCAACAAAUUUCCGAGGCAUCUGCCUCAUUCUCCGCUCUCACACCCACGAGACACGAGGCGCAGUGGCCGCUGCUGCAAAGAUUGGUUCUCUCUGGCGAACUGAUCCGACUGGCUGAUAACGCAGGGAUUGCCAACCUUGAAGGCCAUCUUCACAGUCGCUCUACACGGCACGGCUAUAGCAAACUCUGGCCGAGGUCUUGAAGUGCGCUACGGCCGUCUGCUGCUGCUGCAGCUACCAUCAGAGAGACAGCCGCAAUGUCGGAUACUUGUGGAAAAAUUUGCCACGAUUUUUGUCCAGUAGGAAGGCGCUUCGGCGUCUGAAUAUGGUUGCAACUGCGAUCCACGAUCUGCGAAGGAGGUCUUUGGCGCGAUUGCAAAGCAGAAGGGCAACGCAGUGCCUGGCCAGUUGUCUGGCCUUCCGAUCCAAUUUUUUGUCAAGUUGGAGACCGUUGCCACGGAGUGGAUCGAUGCCGUCAGUGCACCGAUUAUGAAGGGCGACAGACGACUGUGUAUUAACUACUAUGGCAAGGAUAUUCACAGUCGCCCCCUUUCCCGAACCCUUCUGCAUGCACCGCGUUGCUCGGAUAAGGAAGAAUCAGUAGGAUCUUUAGUCACGAUGGAGAUGUGCUGACCAACCUUUCUCGCUCUGCUGACUUCUGGGACCUCGCUACUACCAACAGCUAGUUAUCGUCCGUUUGAGAGUUAUUGUCUCUGUAGAUUUUUAAUUUCCCCAGAAAUUAAUCGCUAACUUGGAGGAAAUCAGUCGGGGGGAGGGGGUGGCCGCACUGAUGAACCGUACCCCUCGAAGUUGUGUCAUUCUGCGGCAGCAUAUCGGCGAAACACCCGUGUCUUGACUUUUAGUAGUACCUGUGCUGCCGGUCAGGUGAAAAUAUAUCUUUUGUUGCGUGCCUCCAAGCGCUCGCCUCUUAAGUGUAAGUUAUUAUCUCUGUCAGUCAGACUCACGUCAGGUGUGGAUCCUGCAACAUGACAGCAUGCAACUGAAAUGUCUCUUCUCUACUCUAACUUGCCGAUCGAUUUGAAUCCACCCGGAAUGGGUCUGCCAUGGAGAGUGAUCGUUCGUAGUAUGUCAAAAUUAAAACGUGGAGUCAGCCGAAUCCGUUAUUAUGGAUGCCUUUUGAAACUGCAGCGUAAAAUUGCGAACCGGUUCCAGAAACUCAAAAUAACACCCGUUGAGUCUGCGGUAUUUUGCCAGAUUCAGAGCCAUCGUAUGCGCCUAUUCGGCUAGAUGCGGAGACAGUCUCCAAAAUAUCGCUUAUCAUUCCAUAAUACCGCAAAGUUUGCCAACGUUUGUGUGCGACACGUGCUGUAUGUCAUUACUUCCAAUAUCAGCUCCAAGCAGUUCGACUCACUCGUCGUUGACAUGGGAGUAGGCAGCGAUAGUGAGGUCACUUCUUCUGGAAUAUAGCACUCAACUUUUUUACAAACAGCCAAACGUCCUCCCGGUCUCCCGCUGGUCAGUAAUGAUCUCAGCUUAGAGGGUUUCCAGCCGACGGGAUGGCCCAGUCUUGCUUGGAAGUGAGAGUCAGGCCUUAAUGGCUAUAUUUUAACAUAUAGAUUAUGGUGUCUUCCGGUCAGAUGCAAUUUGAACUUGGCGGAGACUACUUGUGUAGAGUCGGGUGCGGGUUGCGUGUGGCACGCGUACACGCGAAUUCGGCCUCGUCUGUCACCGCACCCAUACCCAUUUCCUGUUUCCUUCGCUCUACCUCGCAAUUGGAUUGAGGUGGGCGUGACAAGACAGAGGAAGACUGAAACUGUGCAAAUCGCCCUUGAAACUCUAGGACUGCGGUGCUUAUUACCUGCAACGGCCAAACUACCUCAUGUUUGUUUUUUGAUUUGCGAGACGGGCUGAACGUCUAAUUGCGACCCAGAAAUACUUAGGCCAUGCUAGUCUCUCAGACAACACUUGUCAUCUAGGGGCCUGCGUAAAUGUGCGUGACAUUCUCCCUGCGCAUUGAUCUCUUGUCGUUAGCUAUGGUUGUUGCUUUUAUGAAGGGCUGGAUUCCCUGCGUCAGAUUCACAUGAUUCGACUUCUUUCAACGGAACAGCGAAAUAACUGUUUCUGACUUAUCUGUCGUCGUCCAACUGUCGAACAGAAUCAAGAGGCUGAGUGGUCCCCAAAUGGUCGCGUCCUGGUGAAAUGCCUUCUAACGCCCCAAACGCCGGAGUUCUGUCUCUUGAACUCUAGUAUGUUCUCAAGACCAGGUUGGUCCUUUAGUAACCAGAUCACACUGUAAUCUCAGGUCUUCUCAACAUGAUCUUCCCGAUCCUGCACGAGCUCUGCCACACCGGCUGACAUCAUCUCACCUGGCGUACAUGACCGCAGCUGGUGCAGGCAACAGAAUGCGGACGAUCGCGAUUCAAUCGACGAUCGACGUUCCAACGCUGGGAAACACUCCUCUUUCGAUCGUAACAAAAUGCGUUCUCACGACGCACCGGCAGUACACGAGCUGACCGCUUGACGUGUCGGGUUCUGUCUCGCUUAUGAACAAGCUUCUAAAUGAUGGUUUCUCCUGUGGUUGGUCCUCCGACUUCUGCUGUUCCACGUUACGUCUAACUUCAGUCGCCACACAGCCCGUGUGUUGGACCGACAGAGUGCUUCUGAGGUAGCGGUCACUGAACGCACUCAGUUUUCGCCCGUCUCCAGCUAUCAUUACCUACAGUUUGAAAUAAUACAAAGGCAUUAUUCGCAUAGUUGCCCUGUGAACUCGAACGCUGGUGUGGUUGUUGGCUUAAAUUCCUUCUUCCGCACGUUUUUCGUAGCUGGCGACUGCCGGAUCAGUUGUGUCAAUCCAUAUAUGAUCACCAUCCUCGAUUUUUCCACUCAGAAGGUGGAUUACCUAAAAGUGACCGAGCUCAUCGAAUCUGUGAUCUCCGUAGGGUUGAUCGUUAGCCAAACAGACUUACAAAACUCCUUUUAUAUUGAUGAUGAUCGUCUGUAAGUCACUGCCCUUCGGGAUUUUCCGCAGGCAACCGAGAUAAUCGAGUCUGGAGCCGAAGUUGAAUUCACCAAUUUCAGGACCUCGAAGUGCUGUCGGAUCUUAAGUCAGCGGUUUGCUUGAAAAGAAUCGGCCAACGAAUUCUCCCACAUCGUAUAGAAAAACACUUAAAUGUAGGAUACCAAUUCUCGCACACUCUCUGUGCCGGCACGAACAAGUGGAGUUAAAGAAUAGAGUAAAAAUGUGCCAAAAACAGUUUAUUUCAAAAAUGUAAUGGCUAUGAAAAUUUGACAGAAGUCACUUUCACCGAUCAGGACAUGCUCCUCCGUUGUGCCUUGAGGCCCAAUCUAGAGCCCUCAUGGGCAAAGGCAAGGGAGACUGGGAUGAUCCGUUUCUGGCCGUCGUAAGGAUUGGAUAACUAGGGAGGAUUCGAGACCGGAUUCGUUGUUAGGUAGUCCAACGCUCUACCAUUGAAUCGCGGACUCAUUAUCUUGUCCGUUGCAAUUCAUAAGACGGGAAGUUUCACUGCAACUCAUUACGCGAUCCGAGCUCGGAAGCAGUCGCCCUUCUGCUGACUUUUCUCGACCGACUUAAAAAAUAUAGUGAUGUCAAUACUACUAAUGGUACUUAAUGUGGUUUAUGCAGCCCAGUUGUCCGUCACACGGCGGACUGUGGACGCCCCACGAGUGCCUACCUUCGAGCCAGCUACAAUGGCUUCAAUCCGCACCUCUCAGCCCUGAUCGAGACCGACCUCCCCUCGCCCAGCCGUCCUCCUCCGAAACAGGAAGCGAUGGAUGACCGCACAAUGUCCGGUAAACAGAAGCAACGCAAGUUGAUUGCCUCCUACAAACGGCACUCCCAAGGUACGUCUGUGCCUUUCAGUACUUCCAUCGGUACCUGGUGGUAGAUGCAGUAGAUGUUGCGCAAGUCUACUAUCAAUUUAAAUUAAUUCACGCGCAAGUCACCGUCCCUGCUCCGCCCUGCUGUGGAGCAUACGGUGGACAUCGUCGAACUCGACGGCCGAAAUGAAUCAGUCUAGCUGUGAAAACUCGGUUGAGCCGUAGCUCUCCGGCCGCCUGUUACAGGAUUGUUCCGAACGGCAGAUGAAGCUGUGUUUGCUUGGGGGCAGCACUAUGUCGUACUACCCCUAUGGCUUGUGGUCUUUUCACUGAUGACCGCCUUACCAGAUCUAUUCCCUGUUCGCGUUCGUUUGUCCGUCAGAUCCCAGACCCCCUGUUUGUGACUGACCCACACCGAAGGCCGAUCUACAGUCUGUCAGUGUGGGCUGAUCCUUAUGUCAGGUGCCGUUUUCCGCGCUCCUCUCAAUCCCCGUUCACGGCCCUGUAGUGGUUAGUUGUGUAGUGCUGCCUUCUCCUAACAGUAGCAUUCUUUGGGAAUGCAUGGAAAUCGCUUCGCCAUGCUCUCAACACAGACGCACUAACUGCAACCCUAUUUCGUCGACUUUAUCCCGUCGCUGUCUGACGCUAAUGGGUGAGGUUCGGCCCAGUAGUUGACCCUACCAGUUCUCCCCCCCCCUUUAGAACUCCUCACACACUCGCGAAGGAGACACGAUCGUUGGAACAAGAACUGUAUUAGCCUGACGUUUCGGAUUCUCACUCUAAUCCAUCAUCAGAAACAGUCAGAUAAGGGUAAUGGACUGCCCAGGUGUUGCAGUAUUUAUAAGAUGUAGUUGCUAAGCCGCUACAUGCCUAUCGCAGUUGGCAGCUCCCGAGUGCAUCACGGCUCGACUGGCCAGGUGUUAAAGUAUGCAGUUGCCGUACAGUUACUAUGCGCUUGUGUGCCGGUCAAGAUUAUUGACUCCCACGCUCAUCACACGCAGUCGAGUUGUUGGCGGCCGGAUUUAGUCAUUCGGCAGUUUGACUCGCCGAUAUGGACAUCAGGAACAGUGGUCAUUCGCACGCUGUCCUCGCGGCUAAUUACUUUGCGUAGACAAAGUCUCAGCGCGGAAUAUGGUGAGGGAAGGUCGUUGCGCUUGUUGAUUGAUUAAGGACCGGAAAACCAUGACUCGAGCAGUUAGCAGCUCACGCGGUUGUCACUUCUAGCAAGAAUUUCUGCCUCGUCUAACUCGAAUGUGUGGUUUUCGACUUUGUGGUGUAUCAGACUGAUAGCAUUGCGGUAUGUGCGGACGGCGCGGCCCUCGAUCGGGGCCCCGUAGUUCUGAUGAAAGUUGGAUGUCCUCAAGUUUUGCCCCUGCUUUCGUGGGUUCGAAUCCAAUCGAGACUGUAGAAUUUUUCAUAACAAGCACAAAAUAUGGUUUACCUCUUCAAAUUUUCUACUCUAAGCAAACGGUAUCUUCCACCUUUAUUCGCAAAUAAUUCUGAAUUCUACCUACUCGUGUUGUUUAUGGUUUCGAAACCACAGCCUGUGAAUCUCCAGUUAUGCAAGAUAUUACACGUACCUAUGCUGCUCGGAAGAUGCCGUUUAGCACUCGUAAAAUGUGGCAAUGUGGCAGCUUUAUUAAACGAGCAGAUACGGCGCCACUUGAGGAAACACUUCAUUGUCUUGAAAAAACUUUCUGACUGAAGGCUUUAAAUCGAAGGAUACUUUUUCUUUGAGUAGAGACCUUGUAGAAGACUUCAUUCAGCGCGUACUUUUGUUUGAAUUCACGAAGGCGCUGAAAGUCGUUGCCAACAUUCACACUACUUACGUAGCUGUUAGCGAGCAUGAAUUCUGCGGUUAACCAGAAAGACGAAUAUUCUAAGUCCAAUAUGCUAACGCGAAUGAAAUAUCCUAUAAUUGCGCUGCAUGAUAACCAGCAUUACAAUUUCACCUAAGUAAUCCUUUGUCAUUGAAAUAGCAUUUUCGAAUGUCAGUUAAUGAUUUAUGGGCUACAUCAACUACGGUAUUUACUAAUUAAAGCAGUCAAAUACAAGCGGACUGAUUCAUUUACCCAGGCUUGGGCCUUAACGAUUUGCAACAGAACUUCUUUUUUCUCCUCAUUUCCUUUUUUUCUCAUUUUUCCCCUAGGCGAUGCCCUUCAUUCCCCGAAGCCAGCAAAGCGAAAAAGAUCCCUCUGA